AAAUCCGAGCGUACAGCUGCUCACCAAGCGUCUCCAGAUCUUCUUCCUCAUCCAUCACAUUGAGGCACUGCUUUCAACCUGUCGUGCGGCUUUGAAAUGAGCUGUUUUGCAGGUUCAUCAUGUCGUCCCAUUUGCAGUGGAUGGUCAUCAGGAACUGCUCCAGCUUCCUCAUCAAGAGGAACGGACAGACCUACAGCACCGAACCCAACAACCUGAAGUCCAGGAACUCUUUCCGCUUCAAUGGUUUGGUGCACAAGAAGACUGUAGGUGUGCAGCCAGCGGCCGAUGGCAAGGGUGUCGUCGUCGUGCUGAAGAAGCGUGCAGGCCAACAGAAACCUGCCGGCUCGUAUGAGAAGAUCACCAUCAACAAGAACUCCCGCGCCACCCUCAACAGCCUAAGGCACAUCAUUCGCAAGAACAACUACAGGAAGGACCUGCGCAUGGCUGCCCUUCGUCGUGCCAGCGCAAUUCUGAAGAGCCAGAAGCCUGUUGUGGUGAAGAAGAAGCGCACCAGGGCUGCCAAGACAGCAUAAACUCAUACACGUGAUAAAUAAAUAAAAGCUUUUGCUCAGAAAAAACA